GAAAUUUGGAGCUAAUAUCUACAAGGUAUCCGACUAGGCAAGCAGACAGCACGACCACGUGGGAUACCGCCCUCUAUCAGGACAAUAACAAAUCAUGGCGGGAAACAGAACUCUUUCACAAGUCCAGACCAUAGCGGAGCUCGCCAAACUCGAUGAAUCUGACCUUGCACCGACAUGCCAGUGUCUUUACUUUGGGUCGGAGCUCAACGCAGCCGACAUGGUUCUCAUGGAGGUGGAGAAUUCCACCUUGGACUUUCUAGAGAAGGGAAAGAGCAUAGUCAUCCGAGGAGAGAAAACAGACAGUGCAGUGUUAUGUCUGGACAAUAAGACCUACGACAUCAAGGACACAGAUACAUCCAACACAUUGUUGAUCCUUCCUCAGUGCUCCACACCGGAUGAAUGCGUAGAGAGUAAGAGGCAAAUUGUGAACAGACAGGUGACCGGUCUCGCCAAAUCUUACUACGAAGUCAAGCUGAUGCGGCCCAAGCUUCGCAAACUCCGCUCCCUUUUAGAGGACUGUCCGUACAGUGGGGAUGUGUAUGAGGAGGAAGCGGGAGGCAAGAGGUACACCUUGGAUCACAUCUUAGAUGUGGUACAGGCCAGCGAGACGGAGAUCAGGGAUGAACUGAAGAAGUUGCGAGCAUGUCACAUCAGUGGCUUUUGGAGGAUGCUCCAUUUUGACUACGAGUGUCAACUGUUAAGUCACAUUCUGUCUCUCAUUGAGGAAAAUUCCUGGAAUUUCCGCAAGAUACCUCUUGGAGAAACCCUGGACACUCUUGAGAACCUAGAGCCAAGAGCAAUCUUGGAGCACACCUUUGAAUGCUUUGGGGAGAGACUUCCAAGACAGGAGACAGAAGAUGAUGAGGUGUUUUAUUGCUUAGAUGAGGACAAGGUCUGCCAGAUGUUUGCAGAAAUGCUCCUUAGGCCUGCUGAGAAGUUCAAUUUGGCCGAGUUCUUGUUGUCAUGGCAACAGAGUGUACCAGAAGGAAUGACCACAGGGAUGCACCAACUUCAGGGGGUAGCAAUAAUAGACAAGAACAGUAAACCAGAGGUCAUCUUCCAUUUCCCUUUCUGCUUAAUGCCAGAAAAUGAAGUUGACAGAUUUAACUUCCUGUUUAAAACCAGAGAUAGGUGGACACAGGAGGAGAUGUUGCCCUACAUAGAGGAUUUAGUGACGGAGAAGUUGUCAGCAGGUGCCUUGCUACAGAAGCAUGCGAGGGCUUCGGUAGGUACCAAUGGCGUCCGGGUGUAUAACUCUAAGAGACCCAUCAAGUAGGGUUUGUCCAGUCAUCAGAUGGCUGCUUGGACUCACUGGAACAGGUGAAACCAAUUAUAGCAUGGUGUAUGAGAUUCUGAAUCUGUGGUUCUCCCUAAAACACAGACUGGGGGGGGGGGGGGUGGUGUUUGGUUUCAUAAGAGGAAAGGUGGAAAAGAACAAGACAGAAGUUAAUCAACAUUAGCUUUUGCCCUUCACCGACGUAUAAACACUGUAUACUCAGUGUGUUACCUCCGGAGUGACAGUUGGAAAAAAAUCACUCGAGUGGGACUCGAACCCAGAGACAGGUUGGCAAGUCUUGGUUGGACCUAAAAUCUUGGUUGAUGGCAUUAUUUACCCUUGACGACUGAGCCAGUCAGUCAGUCAGCGAGUCAAUGACUAUCGUUCAGAGGACAACAGGCUAGGGUUUCAGGUCCAGCAAAAGUAAUGGUGAAAACGGAUCCCAGAAUAAGUUGAAUUGGGAUUCAGCACUUUUGUAAUUUAUGUUGUACAAAUUUACUGUUCCUUUAAUACAUGUACUGUAUACUAUUCAUUUAAUACAAAUUAUAUUUAUGCAUAAUGUACAGGCAACUAUUCCGCAGUUCAGACUUUUAAGUUGGGUUACAUGCAGAGCCAGGUCAUACAGUACUGUGCUGUAUUUCAAGAUGAUAACUUAUUGUCUGAAAAUAUUUAGGAAAGGGCAAGACUGAAGGAAAUUUUGACAGAGCGAAUGAAUUCUUGAUGUCAGAUUUCAAAGCACAUAUAACUGGCACCUAUCUUAUUUUGACAUUAAUUUAAUUGGUGAAAUUGUGAAGCAGCAUUUUUAGAGCAAUAAAAAAUAUUUUGAACACAUCAAAUCCAUUACAUACCCAUGAUUAUUUCUGAACACAGAUUGCUACAUUCCCUAAAAAGAGUUGUGGUACAUAGAAUUAACUCCAUUAUAUUAAUCUUCGGAAACAAUGAAUUUCUUUUCCGUGGGCAAAUAAUAUAAAUUGUUUUGUCCAGACCAUUUUGUCCCGAAUGUUGGUCAUCUUACAACAACAGAGGGCGUUCUGUUAGUCGUGUGUUUGUGUGUUAGCAUUUCUAUCAGCUUGAAGGACAAGAAUGGGUACUAUCCAAAAGUUCAAAAUUACAGCAAAGCAAAGCAAACCUGAACCUUUCAAAAGGAAUUUAACCCCCCUUUUUUUUAGCACGGUAAGUUUGAUGAUUAACAGAUACAUGUACUACUUUUGUAGCGCCGAAGGCUCUUUGGAAAGCUAAUCUUGGAGCGUCUGCGCAAAGUUCAAUUAGUGUAAUUAGCCUGAAUUAAAUCUCCAAAAUUCUGAGAUAACAGGCCAAACCUUGUGGUGUUUUUUUUUAUCCUUGACUCUGCCCUUGACUUUGGAUUAACAAUUUAUCAAGCUGUUGCCAUUCACCACACUGUAUAAAAAAUACAUGUAAAGAUUUAUGCCAACUGUAAUACUAAAGUGUUUCAGUUAAAUGCUGUGAUAUUUUUUACAUAGCGCUUAAUAACGAAUGCAAGUACGAGUUUUUGUUGGCAAAUUGAAACUGUUCGCAUGUAUUGUUACAGUUUUUAUCAAGUAGAAUAUACAUGUACCGCUUAUGUGUUAAUUUUGAA